AUGACGAAAACGGUAGUUGUUCCUAUAAUAAAGAACAAGACGGGGGACGCGUCCAAAUUAAGUAAUUACAGGCCUAUUUCACUCGCAAUAGACAUUGCUAAGGUUCUGGACGGUCUCAUUGAUAUUCAGUUAAGACAACAUCUACAGUUCCUUGACGCACAAUUUGGAUUUCGCCCCGGUUUAUCAACCGAAAUGGCUAUAUUGAAUCUCAAGCAUACCGUCCAGUACUACACUCAAAGAAGCACACCUGUCUAUGCCUGCUUCUUGGAUCUGUCUAAAGCAUUGGACUUAGUUUCAUAUGACAGGUUAUGGUAA